AUGGAAACGGCUAAUGCUGAGCGACCUAUAAGUGGCACCUAUGAGGCAAGUAAUGAAAAUGAAUCAGAUAUUCAACUGCCUCUGUCGGUUGGAUGCUCCGAGAAAUCUUCUUAUGAACAGGGCUCUCCUCCAAUUUGUUACGUUGAGCUAGGUGGUCAUAAACCAGUCGAGUCAGAUUUUAAGGAGCAGCAGUCUCCUGCUGACUCUCACCAUUGCGGUUCUCCUCCCGAUUUAUCCCGAGAUGCUACAGUUUCCAAAACUAACGAAGCUAAUAAGGCGGAUCGUCCACUUUUCAAUGUCGUCGUUUUGAACUCUGCUGAGCAGUCUAGCUUUAUCACCAAGGAUGGAGAUACUGAUGAAUGUACUCCAAUUAUUCCAGCCCCUGCUGAGUGUGUCGUCUCAUCUUCUGUCGUUCAGGGUCAGAAAAAUACUACGACGACCUUGGUUCCUGGUCCAAUAAUAAAUUGCCCUUCCAGUGAUAAAUCUGAGAAUACACACGUGGUUGUUGAUAUAGAGAAGGAGGCAAUGGAAAUUGAUGACGACGACGAUGUUGACGAUCGGCCCUUGGUAUUAGAUCUUGGCGAAACUGUCAACACUCCUUCCCCGGUGGAAUCUCCUGCACCUCCUGUUGUGAUUGUUUCCGAGGAGGCGUCAGGUUCAUUUAGGAGACCCCCUCCUCCGCCGAAAGCCCCGCCCAGAAUGACUCCCAAGGUGUCUUCAGUUGUGUCGACUACGUCUGCCGCAAUUACAAUCACUUCCACUCCCGCCCACCGUGUACAAAAACCCAUCCGUCCUUUCAUACCCCAACAUUUUAACUCACUUGAGGGCAGCAGCGGUAGUCACGUGUCGACCACAGGGCCAGUCAACUCGACAUCAGCAUCGCAUCAUCUGACUGCACCCUCUCUCGCAGCGGCGACAAUUCGAUUACAGACACUUCCCGCACAGCCACCGCCUCUGCCUCCGCCACCUGGACCGUCGACAGCUUCGGCUGCUCCAAGCCCUCAACAGACCAACGGUGUACAGUUUAUGUCCGUCCUCACUCCGCCUCCCUCUGUCUCCAAUGCGGUUUCACCCUCGCCCAUCCACCUCUUUAAUCUUGCUGCUAUGCCUGGCUAUCUCAACACAGCGUCAGGUGUCCUUUUUCAAUCAAUACCAUCGACCACAGUGACUACCGGAGGAGGAGGCGGGGGAGGAAAUCACAAUACAGGUCCUGGGGGGUUCCAGUUCACUCCGCCACCUCCGCCGCCUCCACCUCCACCGCCUUUGUUCGCUCCACAGGCCUUCCCCCCACCUCCGCCGCAUUUCGCUCGUCCCCCUUCUAACCUCUCUGCCCCUACUGCUAACGCUCCAACAGCGGGAAGUCUCCCUCCUCCGCCGCCACUGGCUCCCGCACCCGGCCUCACCUCUGUGCAGCACACUGGUGCCACGCGCACUCCAGUUGCCGGUCUGUUUAUUCCUGACGUGAGUACUUGGAUGGCGACUGUGACAGGAGCGCAGUCGAUCCCUCCUCUUCAACCUUUGUUCUCAGGCCAACCCGCCUCUCUCACCACGGCGACAAUCUCUAGUGGUGAAGUGAUUUACUCUACAGUUGUGACAGCCACCACUGCCGUAGCUACCACAUCGUCUAUCACUGCCACCACUACUUCCUCUUCCUCCGUCUCCAACCGUCUCACAACUGUUCAAUCUAGUCCUUCAAGCUUAUCUUCAGCAAAUUCGUUAAAAACUGAUGGUGAAAAGUUGCCAACACCAACGCCAGUGAAUGGCGGUACGACAUUUGCCAGUUUAUCAAUACCAGCACGACGUUGGAGGCCGUCGCUUGGUCGAAAAUGCUCGGUGACUGCAACGAUUAAUUCUGGUAUCAUUACCGGCAUGUGCAGUUCGAAAACCACGGUUGACAAGGCUCUUACCAAUGUAGCUUCCCCUCCUGCCGUAGUUUCAACGGCAACAUUGUCUACGGCUUCUACAGCGACGGUAUCGAUAUCUUCCAUGGCUAAUUCUUCGGUUACGGCAGUGGAAGCAUUGGUGUCAAAGGCUAGAAACACGGUUCACGGUCUGUCUCGCAAGAGGCUCCACGAGGAGUCAUCGACAAGACGAAGAGAUGCCAAUGUGUCUAUGACCAAGUCCGAGGCCGUGGACAGUGCAGUGCCAAAGGAGAAGGUGGAGGAUAUGGGGAAGGAGAUAAAAAUUAAGAAUAGGAUCGAAGUGUUUCCACCACCCCUCUCAACAAUGUCAUCACUUUUCCCUUCUCUGCCGCCACCACCACCACCGCCACCACCGCAACCAAAGUCCAGGGCACAUCCUCCAAAGAGAGCUAUGCAGCCAUUAUUGUCUUCUGCACCACCAGUUACACAGUUCACGGCGGAACGCAAAAUAAUUUCCCAUUUCAUUGAUGGUCACGUGUUGUAUGAGAGCAAUCUGCCGUUUCCUGUGCGUAAUGCGAUGGCGGUUGUGCGUGCAACGCUGAAAUGCAAUGGAGACGCUAAAUCCCAUGAAAUUGUGUCGUCGGAGUCCGUCCACUUCAAUAACCAUGAUCAGAGAGAUGCAAAGCACGAGGAAUCGAAAGCAAAUGGCACUGCGAAUGGAGAGUAUUUACCCGUUGUAACAGCUUCCGAAACCACAAUCCGUCGGAAGCACUCGGUCGGGUUGUUACCAGGUAGUUAUCGAAAACGUCGCCUUUCCAAAUCCGAAGUGUUGAAGAGUUGUGAUACUGAGAGAAGUAUGGAAGCGGUGGUCGAGGAUGCGGUGAUGGAAAAGAAGAAGAAUAAAAAGUCGAUAUCAAUUUACACUCCUCCUUUCGUUGCUACCGGUGAAGACGUUGGAUUGGUGUCUACUCAAAACGGUCACAAGGAGCUUUCCGUCAGUGAUAACCACUCCACUACGAAUUCGAAAAUGAAGGGAGAGGAAGCAAAAAUGGCUGCUCAGAUCCCAAUGAAGGUGAUGACGACAACGAAUUUAAACUUGUCCGGUGACACUAAUCCUGCUGAUGCUGCUUCAGUAUCUGAGCUAACGGCAACGGCGAUUAUCACAACUACGAUAACCACGACCACGACGACCACCACCACUACUGGGGCUCCCACCGGCAGCGUGGGUAGCGGUUUAAAGAUGACCAUUCAUCCCGUUUACCAAAAUAGUGGUGCAGCAUCUCAGGCAGUAGCGAGGACAUUGACACCAACAGCAACAUUGGGCGGCAUAACAUCUCCUUUAACUACUAAGUCAAACGCUAUUUCUCUACCUCUACUUCCUGCUGUAUCUACGCCAUCUUCUUCCACAGCUUCGUCGAUUCCAUCUCCGACCACCUCAACAACAUUGCAAUCCCAUCACACCUCGGUUGCCAAACCAUUGAUGUCGACAGCGGCGACACCGGUGGCAACGCAUACCUCCAACAGCAGCAGUAGCAACGGUGGUAGCAUGCGUCUACAGCAACUACCUCCUCCUCUACGUAAACCGAUGAAAUUGUGGUCUCCUAGCCUGGUGGCAGAGUUUGUGCGUGGCACGCCAAGCUGCUCUACCUACGCGGAUGCAUUUGUAGAGAAUGAGAUUGAUGGAGAGGCUCUGCUUCUCCUCACACCAGCUCACUUUAUUGAUGCACCGAUUAAAAUGAAGAUUGGACACGCAUUAAAACUAGCCCAUCGAGUACGGCAAAUUGUCGAUCCUACGUAUGACUCUUCCGUCUCUGCCGCUCCCAUCGGUGGAAGUAGCGCGGGUAGUGCUGUAUGA